UAAUUCUUUCUCUAGACUGAGUUUUUGUACCGUUUGAUUUUGCUUUUCUCUUAUAAUUAUUUUCAAUGAACCUCACAUUUCAGGUGAACUUGUUGUGGAACUGCAGUGUCGUCACAUUUUCCAUAGCCCAUGCGUUGUACCUUGGCUUCAGCAACGUCCAUCAUGUCCGAUAUGUAGACAAGAAGUCAUUGCAUCGCAGUUUCCGGACCCGGCUCCUGGGGCUCCUACUGUCUCGAUCGUAGAAAUUGAACAAGUUAAGAGAAAUGAGAUGUUUUUUGGAUUAUCAAUAAUUUGCAUUGAACACAACUUUACUCGCCUCAGAACAGAAGGAAAUACCACUUUUACAGAAAAUUUUCAGAGCUUGGAGGCAAAGCACGAUUUGAUUGAACCAGAACUGGAUUGA